UCCUGAAGCUGCGAGGCUGGAGUGGAGGGCGCAGGGGCAGGCGGGCGGCGCCAGAGCUCCAUGGGACAGGGUUCUAGAACUUCUGCCUAUUGGAAUUCCAGCUGCCUUGCCUGAGGUUUUAAAAUCCUCACUCGGGAGAGAUAAAACCCAGGCCUUGGUCUCCAUUUCGGUAUGUGGGGAAGAGCAGUGACCCAUCCCUGUCAGUUUGUAAAUGUCCUGCCUGUUUUUUCCAUGGACGGUGGACAUUUCAUCCUGCUUCGGGGGUGCUUAACAGGCCUUAAUUUCUGGAAAGAGAAACUGAGGUCAAAGGAAGGCAGGGAGAGCCAGGGUCAGGACAGGAGGGCACGCAGUUACCUCACAGCUCAGAACGUUGUACUAGGGUCUCUUGAGGCCACGAAGACAUGACCCUUGUUGUUGCCUUCUUUGGGGAUUCCUCCAUGGGAGCCCCUUUUUCCCUGCUACCCUCCUGCCCCCGGGAAGUGCAGAGGCCCAGGAGCUGCCUGCCGGCACCAGUUGCACGGGAUUAGUUCAGGGAAGGACUUGCUCACCUGCUCCUCCCCUCUGACUCAAGUCAUAACAAGUAACCUGGUUCCCCUGGCCUGGCAGCCUGGGAGGGACGGCAAGGCAGGCAGGUGAGCCGAGACGGACGGACGGCCAGCAGCCCCGUCGGCCGGAGAGAGAGCACAGGCCUGUGGCUUGGGAGACCCUGAGGCGACAUGCGAGGGCCCUGAGCCCCCUGACUGGAAGCAGGGGCUGUUUCUCAAACUCCUGGACUAAAGCCCAGAAGCAGCUGGGGAAACUCCAGGCUACCUAUACAACCUGGCCCAGGCUGGUCACGGUGUCCCCCCUCCCUGCUCUGUGCCCUCUCCUUCCAGAAAUCCACCAUGGAGAGUAAGGAUGAGGUCAGCGACACCGACAGCGGCAUCAUCCUGCAGUCUGGCCCCGACAGCCCGGUCUCCCCAAUGAAGGAGCUGACGCAUGCAGUGCACAAGCAGCAGAGGGCCCUGGAGGCGAGGCUGGAGGCCUGCCUGGAGGAGCUGAGGAGACUCUGCCUUCGGGAAGCGGAGCUGACGGGCAACUUGCCAGCGGAGUAUCCCCUCAAACCAGGGGAAAAGGCCCCCAAGGUUCGCCGCAGGAUCGGAGCGGCUUACAAACUGGAUGACUGGGCCUUGCACAGAGAGGACCCCCUAAGCAGCCUGGAGCGCCAGCUGGCCCUGCAGCUGCAGAUCACAGAGGCAGCCCGUCGGCUGUGCCUGGAGGAGAACCUCAGCAGGCAGGCUCGGCGGCAGCGGAAGCACUCCAUGCUGCAGGAGGAGAAGAAGCUGCAGGAGCUCCAGCGCUGCCUGGUCGAGCAGCGGCGCAACAGCGAGCCACCUCCGGCUGCUGCUCUCCCCCUGGGCCGAGAGCUCAGUGCCUCUGAUGACAGCUCCCUGUCAGAUGGGCUCCUCCUGGAGGAAGAGGAAUCCCAAAUGCCAAAACCUCCAGAGUCCCCAGCCCCACCUUCUCGGCCUCUCCCACCCCAAACCCUUGAGGGUCUGCAGCCAACAGGACCUGAGCCUGGGGGCCCGGAACGGGCUCCAGUCCAGAACAGCCCCUGGAAGGAGACCAGCCUGGACCACCCCUAUGAGAAGCCCAGGAAGUCUUCUGAGCCCUGGAGCGAGUCCAGCAGCCCAGCCACCACACCACAGGAUGGGCCCAGUGCCUCCAGCCUGUGGCUUCUGGAGCCUGCCUCCUACCACGUGGUUCCCAUCCGUGGUGUUCCUGGCCAGUGGCAGGGCCGCACCAGUGCCCCAGCCACCCCCGAGAUGCAGGAGAGGAGGGGCCAGUCACAGUCUCUGAGGGUGGAUUCCUUCCGGGCGGGUCCUGAGGGCCGAGGUCGCAGCGCCUUUCCCCGCCGCCGCCCCACUCACUACACGGUGACAGUGCCAGAUUCCUGCUUUCCCGCGACCAAGCCCCCGCUGCCCCACGCCGCCUGCCACUCCUGCUCAGAAGACAGUGGCUCUGACGUCUCCAGCAUCUCCCACCCCGCCUCGCCGGGCAGCAGCAGCCCCGACAUCUCCUUUCUGCAGCCUCUGUCCCCUCCCAAGACCCAUCGUCACCACGGGGCCUGGGUCCCAGCUGGCAGCAGAGAGCUGGUCGCCCACCACCCCAAGCUACUGCUGCCCCCUGGCUAUUUCCCGGCGGGGCGGUACGUGGUGGUGGCUGAGAGCCCCCUGCCUCCUGGUGAGUGGGAGCUGUGCCGCGCAGCCCCGGGCCCUGCUUAUGAGGAGGAGGGCACUCCCCUGCGCUACCAGCGGCUGGUGCCCUCCCGCAGCCGCAUCGUGCGGACGCCCUCCCUGAAGGACAGCCCGGCAGGCCGGGGGCUCAGCAAGGCUGCCGUGUCGGAGGAGCUCAAGUGGUGGCACGAGCGUGCACGCCUCCGGAGCGCCCGCCCCCACUCACUGGACCGCCAAGGAGCUUUCCGGGUCAGGAGCCUGCCCCUCGGGAGAGAGGGCUUCGGGCGAGCCCUGGGACCCCGGGCACAGGUGCCCACAGUGUGUGUGCUGCGGAGAUCGCCUGACGGGGCCCCUGUGCAAGUCUUUGUACCUGAAAAAGGAGAGAUCAUCAGCCAGGUGUAACUCUGCACCCCAUGCUGGAAAAAACUGUUUCAUAGAGGGGCUGGGCUGAGACCCCCCACCCCUGAGUGCCUCUUUCAGCUCCCCCAUCCCCAUCGCAGGCCGAUGACCUGGAGCUGAGACCUUUUAUUAUUAUUUUUUUUACACGACUUUUUUCAGAAGCCCUGACCUAAGGAUUUAUAUAUGUGGAUUGUCCUCAAGACCCCUGUGAUGUGAUUAUGCUUUAUCCCCCAGAGUUUGACCUACUGGACUUAAGGCCUUGCCUGUCUGACUGACAGCCUCUAUCUCCUUAUACAAGACAAGUGGCAGGGGACGAGUGAAGCAGAGUGGGCCACCUUGGGAGUUCUCCAACGCUCUGUGCUCUGGUUCUAAGAACUUCCCUGGGGAACUGCCCCGGCCCUCCUGUCCCACUAUUGCUGGAGGCUGGACAUGGUACAUACUCAUGCACAUGACUCUGCCCCAUUUCCCAGGUCUCUGGGUACCCCAGCCUGGGCUGGGGGAGAAUCCCUUCCCCCUUUCUAAUGUGCUCUGUGAUGCACACACCAAGUGGUAGGUCAAAGGUCAGUAUAUCCCGGUGGUGUAUUGUCUUGCUAGACCCUGCUGUUUUCCUGACACCAUAAAUCCUCUUUAGGGACCCAGUCACUAUACCCUGUCUAUGCCCUGUGGGCUCCCAGACCUCUGAGCUUUGAGUCAGUGGCAUCACAGUUUGUAGGCUUAGGGGGUCUGGCUGGGGGCUGGUCCAUGCUGGUGGUUAGUGGACAGCAGCCACCCUUUGACAGCUACCUCUGGGCAUCUCAAGGGCUUGCAGCCCCACUACUCCUUCUAACAUUUUGUUUGUUUGUUUUUGAGAUGGAGUCUCGCUCUGUCGCCCAGGCUGGAAUGCAGUAGCAAGAUUUCGGCUCACUGCAACCCCCGUCUCCUGGGUUCAAGCGAAUCUCCUGCCUCAGCCUUCCGAGUAGCUGGGAUUACAGGCAAGCACCACCAUGCGUGCUAAUUUUUUAUUUUUAGUAGAGAUGGGGUUUCAUCAUGUUGGUCAGGCUGGUCUCGAACUCCUGACCUCAAGUGAUCCACCUGCCUUGGCCUCUCAAAGUGCUGGGAUUACAGGCAUGAGCCACCACACCUGGCCCUUCUAACAUUUUUUCAUCAUAGUCCCAAAAACCAAUACUUUACAAGUGGUUUUGGAAAGGCACCACUUUUGUGGCAUGUCCUGGUUGGGAGAGGGAGUCACAGUUCCUACUCCCCCACCAGCUAUGCUUCUGCUCUGAGAAGGUGGUUAUUUAUACAAACAUGGACAUACUCACUCCCAAGGGCUGACAAGAUGCUGAAUUUUCUUUGAGGGCAUUCAUUAAUUGUCCCAGCUGCAGCGACUGGAGCAAGUCUGGAAGCUGCCUGUGCUAAGACCACCCAGCUGUCCCUGGGUUCUCAUCCUAGGGCCUUCUUUGCUUCCAGGUCAGGGGAUCUGCUUCAAUGAGAAAGCAACUGAGUUGAGGCUAGGAGAGGUAGGGAGAGCUGAGUUCUGACUUCACCUGUGCAGUGAAGUCUCUGCCCCCAUGUUACCUGGACUGGAACAGACUGUGAAUAAAGCAGAAGGUUCCAAGAACUCUGGUGUCUGACCUAGAAGAGGCACAGUUCUCCCUACUGGAAAGAAAACGAUAUAGCCGAUUGCACAAGGGUGCCAAGGGAAGACCCAGGAUGGCCCAUCGAAGGAACCUGGGGGAGGAUGCAGGAGGCUGAAGGGAUGCACCUGGCAUUUUUCUCACUGUGCUCUUACCGCAUCAGCAACCCCCACCUUUUGGGCCUACUCUGCCCCCCAUGUGUGAAUACCCUGCUUGGAUGCUGUGCUUUUCCAGUUUGUCUCUAAGCCCCUUUCUCCAGGGCAUGUUAGUUUCCCUGGCCUCUCAGUGUCCUAACUGGAGCCCAGAGCGCCUUGGUCUGAGCCAGGAGACGGCUGAGCACUGGCCCUCCACACCUAAGCGUCCUUUACAUUAACUUAUUGGUCUUAUAUAACACCUGGUGCCAUUGCCAAGUGGCUGUGUCCUCAGCUACAGAGCUGGAAUUGUGUGGGGUUUAGUGCUCAAUACUUCAAUAAAGUCUGUUUUUUGUGAUUGGCUGA